AUGGUUUCGAUCAAGCUUCAAGCUGGCAAUUAUUUGUUGUGGAAGAAUCUUUUUCUUCAUGUUCUUCGCAAAUACAAGCUCAUUGGCCUUCUCACCGGUGCUGAUCCGCCGUUGUUGAGGACAAUUAUUAAUGCUGUUGGUUGCAUUGUUGAUAAUCCUGCCUUAGAUCUGUGGUAUGAUAAGGAUCAAUCACUCAUGAUCUGGAUCAUCUCCACUCUCUUGACGGAUUUGCUAUCUCAUACGUGUCUUCAGAAUCUUGUCAAGGGGGAUCUGUCUAUGGUUUCCUAUCUACAACAGAUGAAGGAAAUUGAUGAUGGCUUGGGCGAUGCUGGUCAUCCACUAACUGAUGAUGAUUUGGUGGCUUACAUUCUUGCCGAUCUCUCUGAAGAGUAUGAUUCCUUUGUCACUUUUAUUGAAACUCAUCGGGAGAAAGUUUCCUUUGAUGAACUUCACGGUUUCCUUCUCGGUCGUGAAGCUGCUAUUCUGAAGCACAAACUCCGAUCCAAUUCCUUUGGACCUAUAGAAUCGUUUCAUGCUUAUGCCGCCACUCCUCGUUCUUCACAACACUUUUCUCACUCGCGUGGUUCCAACAACUCUAACUCUCAGCAUCGAGGUUUUCCUCACACUCAUGGUCUACUUCUGUCAUCGCCUUCCAAUUUUGCCCCAAAUUUUUCUUCUCCUCCACAAUUUGGUGCGCAAGGGUUUCACAGCCCCAAUUUUUCUCGAAAUUCGAGCCAUGGGGGUGGUAAUUCCAAUCCAGGAGGUUCUUCUUCAUUCAAUUCUGCUGAUUUUUCUUUUGGCCUUGUUCUUGUGUGUCAGUUCUACAACAAGAAAGGUCAUGCCGCUAACACUUGUCGCAAAUUGGGCCGUCUGUUCAAUGUUUAUGGCAGUUCAUCUUCUGGACCAUUUACUGGCUACUAUGCUAAUCCACAGUCUGCUGCUUCCUCUUCUUCUUGGAUUGUUGACUCUGAAUUUAUGCAACACCUCUUAUGCAAUAAUGAUAUUAUCCACAAUUUGCUUACUAGGAACAUAACUGACUUGAGUAAGACUCACAAUCUUGCUCAUAAUAGGUUUGAGUUUAUUCACUAA